AUGUUGGAUCGGUACAUUUUAGUUAUACUCAUCAUUUCUUCUGUGGGUAGAGAAAUAAUUUGUGAGGAUGGACAGAACAAAACUGGCGCUUCUUGUACUGGUCAGAACUAUGCAGAGGACUUCCAAAAGUCUCCAAUCUGUUAUUGUGAUUCUGACUGUGUUUUGUAUGGAGACUGCUGUGAUGAUACAACAAAUAGUUCUUUCAUGGACUUCCAUCUCAAUUCAAAUCCGAAUUGUCAACGUUUUGGACAGCAAAGUUAUCCCUCAUUUUGGACAGUAACUUCUUGCUUGGAAGGAGAAUCUCUCAUGAAUGAUGGGAUAUCACUUCCUGUAAUGGAUGAGAAUGGCAUAUUGUUUGCAAGCGACCAGAUUGCUCAUUGUAAUACUGUUUUAUCUUUUUCACUCAUGGACAUCCAUGUCAUCCUUAGCCGUGAAAUCUGUGACGUUGAUUUGAUAUAUUCAUCUCUUGAAAAGCCUUUCAUGGAGCUUUUUAUCGCUAUUAUGAACUCUGAUUGCAAGUUUGUAAUUAAUUCUAAACACGAUAGAAGAUUGACUCCGAGACUUUGUGUAGAUUGGCCAGAGGAAGAGAUGGAGAGGAACCUUAGUAGUGAAUGCAAAAUAUAUGAGAAACCAAUAAGGAUACCUCCUGUUGUUUAUAAAAAUACACACUGUUUUGAGGACUUGAAUGGCUUCCCACUGCCUGAUGAUGCGACAGAUGUGGGGGAAGUGUAUCAACACAACGAAACAAGUCUUCAUAUCCAGUUUACAGAUAGUCGUAGACAACCAUCCUAUAAAGAAAAUGGGGUUUGUACAGAAAACGUAAUGGAUAAUUGUCAUAGACGAUUAAUUAAAAAUUGGAAUCAUACUAUAGAGAUCAUCAUGACCGUAAAAUCCACAGGGGAUAUGAUUGUUGAAGAAUUUAAGAAGACAAUGGAAUUUAUAGAGACAAUUAAUCUUAAUCCAUUUACAAGUGAAAUAAAGUUACUAAAUGGAGAAUCAUUUACUGUUGUAAGUACACCACUGUGUAAACAUAAGGUGAACAAAGAUGAACCAAUAAAAAUUAUAGCAGUGUGUGGUAUCAGUUUCACUUUUACGAUUGUUAUUGGAGUUUAUUUUUCCACCUUGAAAAAACCAGAUGAUGAUGAUGAUUCUGAAUAA